AGCGCCCCCGCCAAAAACCAUCAACACGACACCCAAUCCCCCACAACCUAAUUGUUUAUUACUGUAACUGCUAUUUGUAUUAUAUUUCCAGGUAUAUCAUUUCCUGCCUGCGUGCUACCUGAAGCAUCAAUAUCCACUCAGCCAGCUACCUGGUGCGUUCAGUUCGGAAUACUCUCCACUAUGGCUCACCACGAGCAAUAUCACCUCCGUGUAACAGCGGGCCCAACCUAUGAUCGAAAUACGCACCAGGAUGUGCUCGUAAACUCCGAAGACCCCUUAACAAUAGCGUCAGAACACAUCGACGCGAAGAUAUACAUGCGAAUAAAAGAUUACCGAGGACUUCCAGAAGGCUCACCUUCCACAUCGCCGUACUUCUCACACUCAAAGCACGUCUACGAUCGCUAUUCAAUAUCCUUUUCCUUCACACCGAAGAAUUCCAUUGCUGGUGAUCAACUUGUUUUCGGAAACGAUUUCGAGCAUCCUAUCCGCGACCGUCUGCCUCCCCUCUUCGACAAGGCCUUCGGCAUCGUGAAGUGGUGGAUAGAUCCGGGCCUGGAUGGCGAUGUAUAUGGGGAUGAGCCCUACCUCUAUGGCGCACUCCUGUCCUCAAUAAAUGUAUUGAGAAUCGGGUCAAAGGAUCAAUCGUCGCUGGAGAAUAACCUCGAGGAACAUGACGAGGAGGACUAUGUGGUAUACGAAGAAGGCGCAGAGGGGGAUGGCGUGACUCUACGAGAAGAGCUCGGGAUUCCAGGAGGAUCAGCCCAACGGCAGAAAUAUUUUCUCGCCGAGCAAAGUAAGAAAGACUUCGAAUUCGAAGCUGGGAGGGAGUAUAAGUGUGAUUUCUUCAACCCUUACCUUGACUUCAAUGAGUUUGCACUCAAGAUUGGGUACGGAAUGCCAGCGAUAAGUAUCAUUGGUCAUUGGGAUGGGCAGCCGCUUCGUACUCACACACUCAGAUAUGUGUUGAAGAACAAAGAGACGAACACCGAGCUCUUCGUAGUCGUCAUCCAGCUGCUACCGACCGUAGAAGCGGAGGAAGAUGGAGCCCAAUCUGCCGAGGAGAAGUUCGAGAUGGUUCACGGAAAGGAGGGGAAGGCUAGCGAUGCCGAUCUGGACUAAGGGAACGUCUAAGUAUUAGAGGCAUGUCAGCCGUAGAUGUUUCCACUGGGCACAUGGUAUAGACAAGGCAUCGGAGGACAUGCACAGACGCACGCAGAGAGCAUCACUGGAGUGUAAAUCAUGGGCGAGAUCUUUUGAAUGCAGGCAUUGCAUUCUUUUCACCUAAUCCAAGAUGGGAUCCCAACUUGUAGAGUCGAUUGACUUCUCAAUGGUAUCGAUCGCACCGUACAUAGAUGUUAACUAUGCCCAACCUAUCAGCUA